CAUGGGGAAGCAGAACAGCAAGCUGACUCCGGAGGUGAUGGAGGACCUGGUGAAGAACACGGAGUUCAACGAGCACGAGCUGAAGCAGUGGUACAAAGGCUUCCUGAAGGACUGUCCCACCGGCCGGCUGAACCUCGACGAGUUCCAGCAGCUCUACGUCAAGUUCUUCCCGUACGGCGACGCCUCAAAGUUCGCCCAGCACGCCUUCAGGACCUUCGAUAAGAACGGAGACGGGACCAUCGACUUCAGAGAGUUCAUCUGCGCUCUGUCCAUCACGUCCCGCGGCAGCUUCGAGCAGAAACUCAACUGGGCCUUCAACAUGUACGACCUGGACGGAGACGGCAAGAUCACCCGGGUGGAGAUGCUGGAGAUCAUCGAGGCAAUCUACAAGAUGGUGGGCACGGUGAUCAUGAUGAAGAUGAACGAGGACGGCCUGACACCGCAGCAGAGGGUGGACAAGAUCUUCGGAAAGAUGGAUAAAAACAACGACGACCAGAUCUCGUUGGACGAGUUCAAGGAGGCGGCGAAGAGCGACCCGUCCAUCGUUCUUCUGCUGCAGUGUGACAUGCAGAAGUGAGACCUCCAUCUUCACCCAUUCACACUCUUCUCCUUCCCCUCCCUCUGUAAACACACUCUCUGGACUGCAGCACAUGUUUUAAUGUCUUUAGGUUCUCUGCCAUCCCCACAGGAAAACAUACAAAAAACAAUGCUUGGACUACUUUUCAAUGGACUCGCUUCUUGUGGUUGUAUGCAUGAGAAUGUCAAAGCUGAAUCAUUUUGAAUAUAGCUAUAAAGAUAUCAUACGUUUCUAUCUCCAAACCCGUGAUUUGUGCACAGUAAAACCCCUCAAACAUGUAGCUUGUAAAUGAGUGGAGCACUGCGUGAUGUUCCUGCAGUGUUUAGGAAAACCCCAGUGUUCACCGCUGCUGCCGCUGUACGCUUUACAUUAUACUAACUAAACAAUAACUCCUAUGAUAAUUGUAACUGUCUCUACUAUCCAGACGUGGAGAAUAGAGAGGCUGUUUUCACACGGUGGAACCAGGAAGAGUAGGUUCUUUGCAUGCAUAUAAUAUGUGUCAGAAAAAUAUGAAUCUCUUACCUUUUGCAUCUUUAGGUGGUUAUAAAAGAGAAACCCUAUGGAUUCAUUUAGUAUUGUUGCAUGGGAUGUACAGUAUGUGACCAUCACAGCGUUUGUUCACCUCCAGUAACGUGGGAGCACGCUUUCUCCAUCCGGAAACACCUGUACGUGUUCAGUUUACGGAAGGAUUGCAGAUGUGGGUUAAGAGUUUCACAUUAAAACACACACACAGAGGGAUUACUGAGCGGGGUCUCCCGGGCACAGAAAGCAGGGGCAACUCUCAAAUAUGACCUCAAACAGACGGAAAUCGACCACAAAGAGACAUUAACAGAAACAAUUGACUGCUUACAGAUGUGAAGUGACUACAAAAAGAGUAAAACGACAAGAAAGAGACACAAAUCAACUAAAAAGAGACAUACAAUUAUUACAACCAUACAACGAAUGACAACAAAGGGACAAAGCUACUGCAAGCAGAUGCAAAAUGACCAGAAAAGCGACUCAACUAGAAAGUGACACAAACGACUGCAAAGAGACGUAAAACAACUACAGCAAAACCAAAAUGACUUGAAAAAUAAACUAAAUUAUUGCAAAGAUAAUAUGAAUGACUACAAAUAGACAAAGCUACUAAAAGAGAUUCACAAGAUGACUUCAAAGAGAGACCCACAGACUACAAAGAGAGACCCA